GGACUGCUCCGCUUUUUGGCUGACGGUCCCCGUGUGCCUUAUUUGGUGGUGCGCUUCAUUGCAGGGGCAGCACCAGGGAAAGUGAUGGCCAAAAUAAAUCUACUUAAUCGUCAGUCGCAUUGCUACGUUCCCAACGCAUGUCGUUCGCGGUGCUUGCAUGUAAAUAUGGAUACCAAGUUGCAACGGGACUGCUUAAAGUUCUAGAAAGUGGCUGUGGGACUUCAUGCCAUGAGUCUGUUUUGAUUUAUUGUUUAAUUGAGAUGCGGACAGAUAUAAUAUCUUGAUAUGCAGGUGAAGGCGGGUUUUGUUACCAUGGCCCAGGUUCUAAAGGGCAGGCUUUUCGUAGGGCAAGUUACGAUAUAAAUGAUGGCCUUUGUGGACUUGAUGGAAGCAGUCAGAAAGGUUUAUACAGGUGCAGGUGCAUUAAUGUGCAUUUACAUACCCACUUCAGUCGGACAAGAUAGCCGUAGGGUCAAAUGUGGCGAAUUUAGGUAAAGUAAAUUUUUGAAGAAAUGCAGGCUUUUGUGUGAAUGUUACAGUCACAGACAGAGUACCUUUAUGUAGUUUGUGCACAGUAGUCAGCUGUGACUUUCCGGCUGUUUGUGGCCUGUGUUUGUCUGUGUGCGCUGAUAGGUCUCCUUGUCCUCUUCUCUCUGUCCAGCACCCCACCCCCUUUUCCACUGGCAUCAACUUGCGGAGAGGCUGCAUUGUUGACCCCCACCCUACUCCACCCUACCCUUCAUGUCAAGCCCCCCACUCUGGUACCCCUCUCACCCCUUGUAAUCCUCCCACCAAAUUCCGCUCCGCCCUCUGGACAGUGGGAGGGGUUUGUGCAGAAUUUGGUUUGACUUGUGUCCCACAGAAGGGUUAUGGAAAAUGGGUAUGGGGGGUGGUUAAAAGUCCCCCUUCUCCCCUCAUCUGUAAAACCGGAUGGGGGUUGGGGAGGGUCCACUCAGAGCCUGAGCCAGUGUAAAACUUGCUCGCCAGCUCAGGUUACGUGAUUGUGCAAUGUGCCGUUUUAACCACCCACACACAUGCAGUGCCCUUCGAAGUUGACGCUCACACACUCUCGGGGCCGCAUGUGGUAUGAGUUUAGCUUCUUCUGCUUUCGUUAGGCCUCACGCACCUCGCUCUGCAGGGAAGCAGCCGCUAUUGCCCAGCGCGGCCACUUUAUCUGCGACUGUCGGUUCUGAAGCCCUGCCCACCUGCCCGUUGAGGAGAAAUGGGACUUGUCAAAGCUGGAAAUCCCCUGAAGUUCUUGGGAGCGGCCCCCUUGGGCUUGCAGAGGGCCAUGCUGGGCCUUGCAGCUGACUUCACCACUGCCAGUCAAGUCCUGAGAAACCCAACGCUGCCACCGCAGAGCCCACCAACAAGAUGCCAUCCAUACAGAUCAAGCCGGAGCCAGAGGAGGUGGCGUGCACGGUGAAGGAGGAGCCCACAGACUGCUCAGAGCCUGCUGACCUCAAGCUCAAGGCCUCACCCCCUCCCUUGUGCGUCGCCACCGCCCACCCGCCUGACGCCGAUCAGACUGAACCAGUGGACCUUUCACUCAACAAGCCCCGCCCCUCUCUGCCCGUGGCUGCCGCCCCAGCCAUGCCAGCCAACCCGCCCGCCCCUGGAAGCCUGACGGCCACCAGCACGACCAUCCCGGCCGUGCUGUCGCCAGGUUCCAUCCUGGCUUCCACGCAGGGCGUAGGUGGCCAGCAGAUCCUCCACGUUAUCCACACCAUCCCCUCUGUCAACAUGCCCAGCAAGGUGGGCCAGCUGCAGACCAUCCCCGUGGUGGUGCAGUCACUGCCCGUGGUCUACACGGCCAUGCCCACCGAUGGCAUGGCUGCCGCUGCUAUCACUGUCCCCCUCAUCGGCAGCGACGGACGCUCUGAAGGGUCAGUGCGAAUUAAGCCUGGCUCAACCUCUCCAGUAGAGUACCAGAGUGACAGUGAUGCAGAGAGCGGCACUGAGUCUGGAUCAGCCUCCUUCAGAACACAGGGCAUGGACAACAGUUUAAGCACAGAUGUCGAUAUCCAAGCAGACCCUGAUUCACCUGACAUGAAGAGGAGGCGUGUGCACAUGUGCGAUUACGACGGCUGUAACAAAGUGUACACCAAGAGCUCCCAUCUGAAAGCCCAUCGUAGGAUACACACAGGUGAGAAGCCCUACCAAUGCACAUGGGAAGGCUGCACUUGGCGCUUUGCCCGCUCUGAUGAGCUCACACGGCACUUCCGAAAGCAUACGGGCAUCAAACCCUUCCGCUGCACCGACUGUGACCGCAGUUUCUCUCGCUCCGACCACCUGGCUCUCCAUCGGCGGCGCCAUGUCAUGAUGUGAGCCCAACUCUGUGGCUCCGCCCCCAGCCUCUUUGCCCUUCCCCCGAUCCCCCAAGAGGGACUGAACUACGAAGCUGUCCUUCCCUUCCUCAGAUCCGGAUAUGAACGUUUUUGUUUGAAGAUGGUGCCGAGGACGGCUCAAGUCUUUGGGGUCAACCUCCCUUGUCAGUACAUGCCUGCAGUUGUCUGCCAUGCUUCAAGAAGCCACAGUCCGCCCAUCCGUCUGUCACUCAUGCCCAGAUAAUGCCCUCUCGAUGCUUGCUUUGAAGGCAGUCUCUCAAGACAAGACUACAGGGAAGCCAAACCAGUGAAAUGCACUGCUAUAAACUGAGACUGAAGGGUAGAAGCUGCCCUGACUCUGAACAUGGUGAACCCGCUAUUCUUACAAAGCAGGGCCAGACGAAAGGAAAGGGCCUUAAGAAGAGAAUGGAGACAUUGAGUUCUGAGUGGUUUGGUCAUUUUAAGAAGACAGAAAAUAAGUCUUCAAGUUGUCUUUAUUUUCAUUUGUUUUGUAUGUUUUACCUGAAAUCUUUAGUUGUCCUACAUUGGUAUGCAUGAGCUAGUUCAGUGUGUAGUGGUGUUUGUAUGACUGUGUGGCUAUAAUUUCAUGUAGAGUGCUUUUUCUUUCAAAGACAGUUGUGUCCUGCCCCUGUUUGCUGUCAUUUUAUGAACAAAAGGUGUAAGGGGUUCGCUGUUCUGUCUGUUCUGUUUAUCAACCAACUACCCCAAACCGCCUGAGAGGUAGAGCUAACAAGACUGUGAAUUUGUUUUUUUGUUUUUUUUUUUUAGUAGAAUUCCGUUUCCUUCAUAGUGUCAGUCACAACUGUAACCUGGCUAACAAGCCAUAAUGUUCUGCUGUAGCAGUAGGCUACAUAGACCAAACAUCCUGGGCACUCACUUUGAAGUUGUCAGCAUACGUAUUUAAAGAAGGGCCUGUGACUUUGUGCUGAUCGUACGGUGUGACUAUUAAUUAUGACAGUUUUUUGUGCUCUAAUUGGCUUUUUCUUUUGGUCCUUUGGUAUAUUAUGUUCAUUUUCAUGAAGAGACAGAUCAAGGUCUCAUCCCUUGCAAAAUAUGUACAGUAAAUCCUAUUGUGGGGGGGUUAAUUGAACUAUAUAUAUUUGGCUUAACAGUAUUCUUUUUAGUUGUUGUUGUUUCAAAAACCUUUUUUGUUUCUGCCAAAUUUGGCAUUUAAUAGAGAUAAUAUUUGAUGGAUGUACUUUGUCUAACCUUCAAAUUGAUGAGGAUGUGAAAAAUGUUUAGUCACACAUGUGAUGCUCACAGGGAAUACGGGAGCUCAAUAAGCCUCUGUGUGUGUGUAAAAGAGUAUGUUUGUGUGUUUUUAAAGAAGACAUAAUCAAAUUUUUAAGAGUAAAAGUGUGUGGAAGGCACAUAUUGUUACUUCUAGCCCGUCAGAGCCUUAAUUGAAGUAAAAGUGCAACUUAGUUUUGCACAUCUGGCUUCUGGAGUUCCUCAGGGUUCUAGGUUGGGACCCCUAGUGAAGUGAGGCACCCUUAAAAACAUAUUUGCACCUAGAUCAAUGGUAACCAUGUCUUAAAUUAUCAGUUUUACCUUCAGCCCUAGCUUCUUUUUAUUAUGCAAAACUACUCAGACCUUACCCCUCAUUGUUUUCCAUACUGUUUGAUGGGGGAUCAUGUUGAGCACAGUCCACGCCGAUCAGUUCAGAGAGGCUGUUUUGACCUUCUCUGUGUCCCCUCAUGCUAGCAGUCAUAACCAUGGUCAUUAUUUCAACUGCUAGCAGUUUAUGAAGAGUGUGUUAUGCCUUUUUGAGAAGCUAUAAACAACGCUUGUUUGAUUCCAGCCUUCAAGAGUUGACUGCAUGUCUGCAAAAAGUGGCACGAUCUUUGGUCCGGAGAGCAAUGCAAUCUUCAGACUUUCUAUCAUUUUCUUGCUUCAACUCUAAAAUGUUACUAAGCACAUCUUUGUAGAAAAGUAUAUGCAUUUGAUUGCGAUUCCUUCUUUUUUAAACUGUUCAUAAGCAUACAGACAAUUAUGAAUAAAGAAUAAAUGUACAUACUGUAUAUAAUCAAAGUUCUGAAUAAACGUAACGGGUGGAUUUCUAUUUUUAACACUGA